AUGACGAAGCCUAAACACGAGAAGCCUUUGACCCAUGAGGAAAUAUGGGAUGAUUCUGCGCUAGUACGAUCUUGGGAGGAUGCUGUGGAAGAAUAUCAACUCUAUCACAGCAUCCAUGCCAAGGGAGAAAAUGUGGAGGAUGUCUUGAGAGAAGCAGAGGCGUCAGGCAUCACGGAGGAUGUCAAUGCUGUGGGUGAUGAUGAAGAAAUGGAUACCGAAGACAUAGCCAUGGAAGGCGAACCUGAGGCCUCUAUUUUACAAGCAAAUGCCAAUACGGUAUGUCUUGACCAAUAUGAUGUUGUUUUUCUGGGCCAUAUUAACGAGAUACAGGCUUCUCAUCAUGCAACUGAGGAACAUCAACAGCCAACUGAGGAGGAACCAACACCGGCUACCACCCAAGGCUCAAAGAUCCCCCCGAAUGCUAUGCCAAUGCCAGAACCUAUUCUAGCUCAAGUGCAAGAUGAAAAACUGAAGAGUCUCAUGAUGGCUUGGUACUAUGCAGGAUACUAUACCGGCCUCUACGAAGGACAACAACACGCCAACCAAAAGAAGUAA